CACUUUGUUCACACUGUAGAUUAUAAACUUUACACAGGUAGAAGUGUUCCCGUUUGCGUAUCUGAAUAAACUUAAUCUUUGGGGUCUUACCAAUGGCCACAUGUUGCUCCCAGUUGCAUACGACUUCAAAAUUCUGGGGUGAAGCCCGCGGCCAAAAUCAGCAGUACGCGCGGCCCUUUAUUAUAAGUUUUAUUCCGAUCCGAAUUUCCCCGUCUUCAAACGUUGAAUACUAACACCUUUCAGACUAGUUUUACGUUAAGCAUGUCAGAAUUGGACUCGGAUAGCGAAGCGCCUGGCGGGGAAACGGCCACCAAUGCACUGGAUGAGUUCCGGGAGAACUGGCAGCGGGAACUUCAAGGUCACGUAAACAGUGAAUACAGGAAGCCAAAUGAUGUUGGAGAUUCCCUUAGCGCUGCUAAUUCGAAUCUUAGUCAAGCCGAUCUCCUGCAGGCUAAGGCAGAGAGUCUUUAUCGGACCGCUGUGCAUUUGGAGCAGCGUGGCAAGGUCUACGACGCAAUACCCUUCUAUCGAAAGGCUACGCAGAUCGUUCCAGACAUUGAGUUCAAGUUCUACGAGCAGCAGAAGCUAAAUGGCGAUUUCAGCAAAAAGUAUCAUAAUCUGGCCAGCGAUCUGGCUAAGCAACUUGAUCUAGGCCAGGCAGAUGUCACGGAGGGCGGUGAAGAUGUCGUGGACAACUUGUACGAAAAGUUCCAACAGGACCUGCGGCAGGAUAGUUUCUACAACGGCAAGAUGAUCGCGUCAAGCCGCGAUGCCAGUGUUCUCGCCACUGGUUUACACUUUUCUGACUUGCCACCCGAGAUUGUAAUGCGCAUCCUGCGAUGGGUAGUGUCCGCACAACUUGACAUGCGAUCGCUGGAACAGUGUGCCGCCGUUUCCAAGGGUUUCUAUGUAUAUGCAAGGGAUGAAGAGCUUUGGCGGCUAGCCUGCGUCAAAGUAUGGGGUCACAACGUCGGAACCUUGGAGGCUCAGGAUUCAGACAUCAGUAACGUCUAUUACUCCUGGCGUGACAUGUUUAUUCGUCGGGAGCGAGUGCUCUUCAACGGAUGCUACAUCAGCAAGACCACAUACCUGCGUAUGGGUGAGAACAGCUUUCAGGAUCAGUUUUACCGCCCCGUGCAGCUUGUGGAGUACUAUCGUUAUAUUCGAUUCUUGCCCGAUGGCAAGGUUCUGAUGAUGACCAGUGCUGAUGAGCCGGCGCAAGGUGUAUCCAAGCUAAAGAAUCUACACAACCUACGGCCAGAAAUGUUACGGGGUCGCUAUCGACUCUUCGGAAACACAGUCACUUUGGUGCUGCAGAAGUCACAGGCUCGAGUAGCUGGUCAUAUGCGUCAGAGACGAGGCAGUAUUAUGCCUGUGGAGGAGGACUCAUCGCAGUUCCUGAUAGAGCUGCGCAUCACAAGCGUUAAGAGGCGUUGUGCACAACUAGUGUGGUCACAUUACACGCUCGUGCAGAAACGCAACAAGGUUGACACAAGCUCAGAGUUUGAUUUGACCGAGGCUAAGUAUCCGCCGCUAAGGUUCUCAACUGUAAAGAGCUAUCACCUAGACGCCGAUGCACCAUUAGCUUAAGUCAAAUAAGAUUCCUGCAAUGGGGAAAUAAAACACUUAAUUUGAAA